UUCACUAAGUCGAGUUGUGCGCGGCGUAAUCCGUAGCCUGUUGUGCGAGGUCUUGCGGUCGUCUCUGGGGCGGCGACGUUGAAUUCAAAAACAGCGCGUGUGUGUGUGAGUGUUGUUGGCGGCGGCCAACGUGAAAUGCGCGAUGGCCGGUUUCGACGACGUCGGGAUCGGGGAUUCUGUGCUACUCGAGAACAUCACCACUGAUGCGUUUUUGGAUAACCUCAAAGUAAGAUACAAUGCGGGUCGUGUGUACACGUACAUCGGCGAGGUGUGCGUCUCGGUCAACCCCUACCGGACGCUCAACAUCUACGGCCCCGACCAGGUGGCCGACUACAAGGGACGCGAGAUCUUCGAGCGACCCCCACACGUGUUCGCGAUCGCUGACGCCGCCUACAAGGAGAUGAAGCGCAAGUCUCGCGACACUUGCAUUGUCAUCUCUGGUGAGAGUGGCUCUGGGAAGACGGAAGCCUCCAAGAUUAUUAUGAGGUAUAUAGCAGCUAUCACAAAUGUCACAGGCCAGCAGGAAAUCGAAAGGGUCAAGAACAUCUUGUUACAGUCCAAUUGCAUCCUUGAGGCAUUUGGUAAUGCCAAAACCAAUCGCAAUGACAACUCGAGUCGCUUCGGAAAGUACAUGGACAUCAACUUUGACUUCAAGGGAGACCCUCUGGGAGGACACAUCAACAACUACCUCUUGGAAAAGUCCCGAGUGAUUUACCAGCAACCUGGUGAGCGAAACUUCCAUGCCUUCUAUGAGCUACUGUACGGCGCACCCGAUUCACAGUUGUCUUCCUACGGCCUCAAGCACGAGCCACAGCUGUACUUUUACACUCGACAGGGAGGCUCACCCAAGGUGGAGACCAUCAAUGACCGGGCUGACUUCAAGCAAGUUUGUUCGGCACUGAAGUUACUUGGAUUUGCGCAAGCUGAGUGUGAUUCACUGUGGAAGGUUGUGGCAGCCAUCGUGCACUUGGGGGAAGUGUCUUUUGUGGUUGAGGAGGACCAAGCCAAGAUCAAAGGCAGCCUGAAGCAACUCAGCCAGCUCCUCUCUGUGUCCGAGAAGGAUUUGAGCCAGGCUUUGUGCCACAGGGUCAUCGCAGCUGGUGGAGAGGUUAUGCAAAAGGGGCACACGCUCACAGAGGCCAUCUACGGGCGAGAUGCCUUUGCCAAGGCCAUCUACGAGCGCAUGUUCUCCUGGAUUGUGGGUCGAGUGAACAAAGCCAUCGAGGUACAUACAGACAGCGUGCUGGGUCGCAAGAAUACCGUCAUUGGUGUCCUCGACAUCUAUGGAUUUGAGAUCUUCGACAACAACAGUUUCGAACAGUUCUGCAUCAACUACUGCAACGAGAAGCUGCAGCAGCUGUUCAUCGAGCUGGUCCUGAAGCAGGAGCAGGAAGAGUACCUUCGGGAGGGCAUUCAGUGGCAGGACGUACCCUACUUCAACAACAAGAUCAUCUGCGACCUCGUUGAGGAGCCACACCGCGGAAUCAUAGCCCUAGCCGACGAGGCCUGCCUUAAUGUCGGCAAGGUUACUGAUGAGAUGCUGCUAGAGUCACUGGACAAGAAGCUUGCCAACCAUAAGCACUACACAAGCAGAAGACUGUCACCAACGGACAAAUCGCUGGAGCACCAGAAGCACUUCCGCAUCCUCCACUAUGCGGGCGAGGUAACAUACUCCAUCACAGGCUUCCUCGACAAGAACAAGGACACCCUGUUCCAGGACUUCAAGCGUCUACUGUACAACAGCUCGGACCCUCUCACCAAGUCCAUGUGGCCCGAAGGUGCAAAGAAUGUGAAUCAGGUUACCAAGCGCCCCCUAACAGCAGGCACAUUGUUCAAGAAUUCCAUGGUGGCCCUUGUUCAGAACCUUGCUUCCAAGGAGCCUUUUUACGUCCGGUGCAUCAAACCCAACGAGCACAAGUCACCGAUCCUGUUUGAUGAGGAGCGAGUACGGCACCAGGUCAACUACUUGGGACUGCUUGAAAACGUCCGUGUGCGACGAGCUGGAUUUGCCUACAGGCAGGACUACACUCGCUUCCUGCGGAGGUACAAAAUGAUAACUGAAUACACGUGGCCCAAUUACCGGGGCGGCUCGGAUCGGGAUGGCUGCGAAGUCAUCAUCGACAAGAUGGGCUUUUCAGACGACGUCAAGUACGGCCGCACCAAGAUCUUCAUCCGGUCUCCCCAGACGCUGUCACGUUUGGAGGCCGAGCGCCUCGCCAUCAUUCCCCGCAUUGUUGUGUUCCUCCAGAAGAUGUGGCGUGGUGCUAUUGCGCGAAUGCGCUACCGCAGGACUCGAGCUGCCAUUACAAUCCUCGCCCACUAUCGCAAGUACGCUGCGCGGAAGUACAUCACCGACCUAAAGAAAGCCUUCAGGAACGUUCACCAGACCAAGGACUACGGCAAGAAUGUGGCUUGGCCUCCGCCGCCAUGCUGUGUUCGGGAAGCCGUCCCUGGACUCAAGUCUAUCUUCUCACGCUGGCGUGGCAGCAUGAUCCUGCGCAAGGUUCCGCGGGAACAGUGGCCGCAACUGCAUCUCAAGGUCACGGCUGCAGACGUUCUGGCCGGCAGACGCCGCGACUGGGGACAGUCACGCAAGUGGCAUGGCAACUACCUCUCUCUGACAGCUGAAAACGAUGCAUGCCUGCCAUACAUCACGUCCGUCACUGGCCUGAAGAGCAAGGACACCUUCCGCAAGGUCGUCUUCUCCAGCUUUGUGAAGAAGGUAAACAGGCACAACCAGUCAUCUGACCGCGCACUUGUGGUCACCGACAGCUGCAUCUUCAAGAUGGACAACAAGAAGUUCAAGGCUCUCCGAUCACCAGUUCCUAUCAGUGAUCUCACAGGCAUCAGCAUCACUCCUGGCCCGGACCAGUUGGCCAUUUUGCACCUGAGGGGCAACAACGACCUGGUUGUUUGCCUGGUCACGUCGAAUGCAGCAGACAGCAAUAGAGUUGGAGAACUUGUUGGUGCUGUCGUGCGUCAGUGGCAAAGGUCUCAGAAAAGGGACCUACGUGUCAUGGUGGGCACACAGCUGCAAUGCAUGCUGGGCAACAAGGCCCGCACUGUGUCUGUGGAGAGCACGUCCAGCAUCUCGCAGCCAACGUUCAAGAAGGCGCCCAACAAUGCACUGGUCCUACUAUGGCCCAAGGACAGGGCGUCUGCUUAGUAAGCGAGGCCCACGCAAUAGAACUGCUUCCUGGAGACGAGACCUAUUGCUUCUUCAGCCACGGACAUGCCGGCCAGCCCAGUAGACAAAGUGUUCUGAACAAUUUUACAAGCAGAAUUCUUGCACGCCUUGACUAUCAUCACCAGCGUGUUACGGUACUCAAACUCCAGGCUAAACUGCAGAGGAGGCAGUUAAGUGGCCCUUUCUAUGGCAUUGCAGCAUCUGCUGAGUAUUAAACAGUUCGGUUAUAAUCAGUGUUGCACCAGGCAAUUAGAGGGUGAGAAUUUCGAAAGCCCAUUAAAAACGUGAUCGGAUAACUGCUUACAUAGGUGGUGCUCAACCAAGCCACCAAUAAUGAUCGAGGAUGAAAGUUUAUGCAAGUUGUCCACUUGGUUCACAAGAGUCAUCACAGAUUUGCUUAUCAUUUGUGUAGGUUUAUUUGAUUUACGAGAUAACUCCUAGAUUUAAGUAAAAGAACAUAUAAAAAAAGGUAAUAUCUGUGACGAGCACCUAAUCUUUAAACACCCCAACAGCCUUAGUUAAUCAGACUCUAUGCUGGUGCUGAGAAGGCUAAUACAGAAUGACAAGAGAAUGUAGAAUGUUCUGGCUUUCAAGUAUGUACGUUUUCAAAUGGAAAGACCAGACUUUUAUCGUUGGUUCAUAUAUAAAUUGUUGCUCUCUAUUACUUUUGUCUUGUCGCAACUCCAAUUGUAAGCAAUGCUUAGCACACUGAAGACAAUCAGUGAGAAAGUUUUUUUUUAUACUACUAUACAGCCCUUUUAAUGCUACUAUUGCCUUAUUAAUUAUGCUGUCGUGUAACCUUAGGUUGCUUUUCUUUCACUUUUUUUUCCCAAGAUGAACAAGUGCAGUGCACAUUUACCGACCAGCAUGUCCUGUAGGUGCUCAAUCAAGUUCGGGAUGAUCUCUUUGUUUUAUUAUUAUUGUUCUUAUUAUUUUUGAGCUUUUGCUGGUUACGAAACCAUCAUCGUAAUGAAAAGCUAUGCCGAGUAUUGUUGCCACUCCGCAAUUUUCAUUGCUGCUUUCUUUUCUUGUUCUUUAAUUAGAACAUGCUCACUUAACGCAUAGUUGUCAAAUGAAUGCAUUGUGAUUGUUCACUACUGCUGGGCAUCGUGAACUUCGGCUAUGUGUGUACGUGUCUACACCUGUGCACUCCGGCAACAAUCUUUGUGAUUGCCAGCUAAAGCCACGUUAACAAUUUUGUGGUGUAAUCGGCGAAAAAUGUAUCCUCAUUCGGAUACUUGGACUAACUGUCCAGAAUUUUACAGCUGUCAUAGAGAUGCAACCCCACAUGUUCUAGAGCCCACAGAAAGCAAAUUUUAUACGGUAGAACAAAUGAAUUUUUAAGUGCAAGGACAGGCUCAAUUAAGCAAGAGCAUUCUCUAGCUACAGUUUUGUGGUUCUGUUUACAGGCCUUCAUGUCUUCUUUCAAAAUGCGCGAACCAUCGUUCGUUCAGCAAUUCAUGCCAUUUUUCUCUUAGGAGAAGCACUGAAUGGGCUGUACACAGCAGAGUAGCAGGUAAUGAUUUCUGAAUAUCUGGGAACAGCCUGUCUAUAUGUUUGUGCCUUAAUUUCUGCCAUCUGCAUUAGCACAAUUCACCUUGCUAGUUUCAUGCCACUAUACAGAAGCGAGUCAUAUAACCCGACUACGGACAGAGCAAUGAUGCAGCACCCUUUGUUGACAAAACACUGUGUGUUUAAAUCCGAUCUGUUGCAUCUUCAAAAGCUGUCAUGAAAUGGUAAAUGCCAAUCUCCAGUGAAAUUUGUAGCUUGAUUCAAGUUUCUGGACUCUAGAGUACCAUGACAAGCGUGCGCUUGCUUCAUACCUGAACUAUGCUUAUUUUGGACAAUCAAUGCUGAAAAUAGGCCAUGUUCUUGUUCAAUGCAAAAAUUUAAAUACGGUGACAUUGAGGGGCAUAGACCUGUCAUGAAGAAGCGCACAGUGUAUUUCACGAUUACGCACUUUGAGCCACCGUACCCCUGUGUUUGACUGUUUCAUGCCCUUACUUUUGGUGCGACAUGAAUAUCUCGUCAUUCCGAAGAUACUGUUGUCAGUGCACAACGCUUGUACAUACUAUCAUUGUUUAGCAUGCUACAUGGUGCAUUUUGUUUCUUUGUUGUUUGCUUAUUUGUCUUUAUAAAAGACAGUACCAGUGAGUGCCUUUAUAAAGCACACUGGUGCGAUGUGCCUUAGUCAACAAUGCGAGCUUGUGGCUUUUUACUGUAAGCUUGCCAGCAGCGUAACUAAAGUGGGCGGUUACACAGACGUGAAGAGCAAUAUUUAUCUCUCUUUGAUGACAAAUACUAUGUUCUAUAAUGCUUUUGUUGUGGUUUGCACUGUGUGUCAUAUCUGCUGUUAAACAAAAUAUUUUGACGCAUAGCUGUACAAAAGGUUUUGACCGCAGCGAAGACAUUGACAAGUGAUGGUUGUAGGUGUAGUUUGAAAAAUGUUGAGGAACACUUCAAGCAUUGUUUGUUGUUGAAUGAAUAUGCAUGGAAAGAAGCUUGUUUGUAGGCACAGAACAAACUGAGCUAAACAUGAAACGAAUGAAAGCUUUGGUAGUCAGUCCCCCUCUUUUUUUUAAUGAGAUGACAAAUGUAAAUACGGUUGCUUUGUAGUGACGUUUAAACUUUCCCAGUCAGUAUAAGUUUAUGUGCGACAAUAUACAAACAAAAAAAAUCGUUAACAAGUUCAAUGUUCAUUAAAACUUGAACAUUAUCGUAGUAUCCAUACCUUCCAAAGAAAUAUUUUUAUUAUAAAAUUUGGUAUUAGUUAUAAGCACAUUAUAGAAUUUUGGUAUUUUACUUUAUUGUGUAUCUCAUUGGAUAGGUCCAUGUUCAUUAUAAGUCAAGCUACUACAAGUGCUGUAUAACACUUUCUAACCCUGAUUGUCUGUUGAGUAGAGCAGUCUGUUCCUGUAUGUCUGAGCGGCAAUUUUUGCCGUCUUUGCACAUAAUUAAAAGCACUGUAAAUCUGAGUCGUGUGUACUUGCUUGAAAGAGUUGGAUUAUUGUGUUUUAUGAAGGUAUUUUCAAAUGUCCAGUGUAAUGCUUUCAACAUGGAUUCUAUGCCGUGCACAUUCGGAGGUAUGUAUGUGCGAUACUGAUGCAAGGACAAGUUGAGAAUGGCUGCAAGAAAGCUGCAGUACGCUGAUGCAUGGUUGAUGUGUGAAGAGUCUGUUUGCUACGAAUGCACCUUCCCUUUUCUAAUAGUGUUUUUUUCUAGCUCUGUGGUGCCCUCGCGCUGCUCGCUAAUGUUUUGCGAGAAUUUGUUGGUUUUUUGCAUUGUUUAUUAGCUGCCAAUAUUUAUCGAUCAUGUUGUAAAUAAAAAAGAACUUGCACGAUCA